UACGCCCAUCUGUAACAAGAAGCUGUUGCUAUAAUUUUCUGAUAUCUCUGACUUCGUAAACAAACAAAAAUUCAAGACAAUAGUUAACCCUCAAAUCGUAGUAGAGCUGAGCACAGCUCUUGAUUUUCAGAUGUUUGUUUUUUUUUUUUUUUUUUUACUAAAUCGCAAAGAAGUUACGCUCGUUUAAUUAAACUGUUUUUGAAAUAAGCAUGUCUUUGUUUCCGGCUUACUCAACUCCUGCUUCUAAUAGCUCUGAAGGUGCAUCUGUGCCAGCGAAACCGAGUGACCUAUCCUGGCUAACCAACCAAAGUUACAUAGCAUUCCCAGUUACUGAACCUGCAGAAUCGGAUUCUGAUUCGGAUCACUCCCAUGCUAAUGAACAGAGCAAAAUCCCUAGACGUAAAACGAAAAAGAAGGGCAAGAAACAUAAAAAACGUCGCCAUCGAAGUAGUUCCGAUGUUGAAGCAGAUAAGAAGAAAACCACCCAGCAGCCAGUUCACGUUUCAGAACACGAAUACUACACGGACUUGGAGGGUUUGAAAAUUUACUUGACAGUGGAAACACUGCACAAGCCAGCGUGUCCUCGUUACAGACUGGGACCGUACCGAUUCCACUUUCGAACAAACAACAAUAAAAUAGAGCAAAAGCAACGAUAUUUCAAAUACCACAGAAACAUCAAAGAGUUAGAACAUAGGGCUGCUGUUUCGUUAGAAAAAGAAUUCGAACUCGAGAAGGCUGCUAGGGUUGAUGAUUCUGUGGAAAAAUGGGUGGAAUAUUUCCGUUACAAAGCAGACCAUCCGACUCACAUCGACAGCUAUCAGAAUAAUAAAGCAGAGCUGACUAUACUUGAAAAAGCUAUGCGACAACAUCCGGACAGUAACGAACUUCUUACUUUAUGGUUAGAACAAAUUGUGAAAGUUUUCCCAACGGAUGAAGUGCUAGAAAUGAUCGAGCGUCUGAUAUCUAAAGAUAACACCAAUGUCCUGCUGUGGGACGCAUUGAUUGCUAACAAACAAGGAGCGAUGGCUCAAUGCAUUGCUCCCAAUGUACUUCGUCUGUAUGAAAAGAGCAUACGGUCGCUUUUUUUAGCGAAGCGCAGCGAUGAAGUUAUGUUGAAGUUUUUCAAAAAAUGCUCACUGUUUUGUAGGCAGUCUGGUCUAUGGGAGCAGUUCUUUGGAUUAGUACAACUGGCGGUUGGAUUGAACGUGAGUACCGAUUUCGCUAACGGCAAGCAGCUUUUUGUAUCCCCGGAACAUUACACUCAAUUGAUCGAGUAUGAGGAACUCAUUUUGAAGUCAGGAUUGCCCAUGAAUGAAAUAUGGUUGAGAAUCGAGAAACUGCGUGGGGCUUUUCAUUUCCUGCCAUUUGGGGGGACCAAGAUGUGCAGUGACCCACAGCGAAUGGUACUACAGGAAGACAUUGUCGGCUUUGUAUACCCUCUAAUCAAUCGAGAGUACAGCUUCGAUCUGGUCAUUUUAAUUCUCAAACUGAUGAAGUAUCCGUUCGAAAGUAACGCGUUCGAGAGAUGUAAUUUUUUUAAACCUGAAACAUACGAGGCAGAUCAUUCGGAGCAGUUGUUACCUUUGUUUCUAGAAAUUAACAGGAGUAAAAAAUAUGAUCUCGCCGUUUUAAGUUUAAUCAAAGAGCUCAACACACCUCCAUCGUUCAUCAACACUAAUCUCGCUUUUGAAUCAUAUCUUGACCUUAUGCGUGAGCUAAUUGUUGCGACAUCGGAGCAUUUCACAGACGAGAAGCAUGUUAUUCUUCUUCUUCUUUAUCUAAGACUUGAGCGGAUUUUGGUUGUUUUUGAUAAAAUAUCCGGACCUCUAGCUGAUCAACGCAAGAAAUCCUGUAGAAGUCGUGUUAAAAAUUUGUUGAAAAACAGUAAAUAUCCAAACAACUUACGCUUCUACAUAGAAUAUGGCCUGAUUGAAUACGAGAUGGAAGGAUUUGGCGAUAGCUGUAUGAAAAUUUUCAACAUUUCGGUCCAAGUUUUCUCCUCUCAAUAUGACGACACCUCUGACGAUGAUCUGUAUGCGCUGAUACUCAGUGUAACAGAUAUCCUAAUAAAAGAAAAGAAGAAAGCUCAGGCAAUUUACCUAUUAACAACGCUGGCCUUGAAUCCCAAACAGAUAUGCUUUGAUGAAAAUUUUGAACCGCCAAAAGAUCCGGUAAAACUUCUUGCAUUGCAGAAACUUAACGAGCGCGCAACUCGCCUGCUAUCCAGUGAUGAUCAAGCUGAAUUCUUAUUACUGGAACAGUAUUUUGCCGUCAAUCCGCUUAUCAACACCAUGAAGGCAUAUAUCUACUACCUGGCGCUAGUCAAGUCCAAAACGGAAACCACCCGGAAACUCGAAGGUUUUCUAUUUCACUUCAACAAUUCAACCAAUCAGAGGCACCUGUUCAUUCGCGAGCAGUUAUACGAAAUAUAUUUGAAAAUUCUUACCUUCCGUUUCGACGAAUACUCCAAUAAUUGCUUACUGCAGGCCGUAGACCGCAUUUUACACGAAUUUCCGGAGAACGCGGCCGCCAUUCGGUUUUGUGCCUUUUCCGAAUCGUUCUCCUGGUUUCAGAUUCGCACGAUUCUUGGCAAAUAUUUGACCAUUCGUUCGGUUCUUCUGUUGACUGUAGCCGGCCGUAUACGCAGUUCUUACUACAUACACGAUUCAAGCUUAGGGCAGCCUUCUAAAGAGGGAGAAACAACGUACAAGCGCCGGUUGUUGAAUUUACUUAAGCACAGCGUCAGGCGGGAAUCAUCAUUGCGCCAAAAUGCUUUGCUGUGGAGGUUGUACCUGAGAGAACUUUUCGAUCAACCCAGCUUCAACCAGUCGAUUGCUACGGUCGGUCAGGACAAUGUGCUGGAACAGUGUCGGAAAACUUUAUACCUUGCCCUGGAGGCUUGCCCAUGGAAUAAGGCAUUGUAUCUGGAUGGAGCGUUUUUUGCACCACAAGAACUUUCCCAUCUGCUAGAUUUGCUGAUGGAGAAACAACUACGGAUACACGCGAUACCGGAGGAACUGGAAAUUCUGCGGAACGAAUGAUUAAGCUUGAUAUGAUGUGAAAUAAACAAAGCUGACUAUUGCUGGUUC